ACGAGCCUCCACUGUCUUCAAUGACGAUUCGAAGUCCGUCAAUUUGUAUUCAAGGCUCGAUUAUUCGUGACACGAUAAAUAGAAUACAAAAAUGGAGUUCGCAGUUUAAAGGGUAUUUUGAAGUAAACAAAUAAGUUGAUCGUUAAUAUGUCGAUCAACACGUUAUGUGCUGCAUUGCGGAAAUUCGCAGUCGACAGAAUAAGUACCACCGCUGCUAUUACUGUCACUGCGAGAUACUACUCAACACAGCAGUCAAACUGCAACGUUUCCCGUUUUAUGCGCAAUGCUCACGAUAUACCAUCAAGUGUAGUGCCAAUGCAUGAUAUCAGGUUUAAACCUGGAACCCUCAACAUAGACUUUGGCAUACAACCAAUGAGACAACCGAUACCAAACAUUAUCGAGAUACCUGUGACAAAAAUCCCUCCAUUGCAGGAACCUACAAAGGAUUUACCAAUAGAAUAUGACUCUCCUGUACCACAAGUAUCUGUGGAUCUACCAACAGCAGGGAAUAUCUUUGAGAAGCUAGCAGUUCGUCUGAUAGUGAUUAGACGGAAGAAAAUGAAGAAGCACAAGCGAAGGAAGUUGCGUAAGAAGAUGAAAUUCGUGUGGGCGAAAAUAAGACAUAGACGAAAUAGAGAGAAGAUCAAAAUAUUCAAUGCUGAGAUGAUAGUUAAGAUCAAGGAGGCCCAAGCGUUCGACGCGAGAAAGUACGUCAAGGGAAAACUGGAUAUCUUAAAUAAGGAAAUACUACCGAGGACCUACAGGGGCGAGCUCUUGCCCCCCGAGAUGAUCAAACAGUUCCUGGAGAAGAAAAAAGCCAAAAAGCAGGCUAGCCGUAACGUACCUCGUUUAACUCUGUAGCCCGAUUUAUGUACAAACUGUAUCAAUAAAAUUUUAUUCCUAUGAUAA